GAUGGUCACACUUACUUUUUCGAUCCUUUCUAUUCACUGUUUGUUUCUAAUGUGUUUUUCUGAGCAAAAUGGCUCUCAAUUUGGUUGUCAAAGUUCAUCCUGUUGUUUUAUUUCAAAUUGUGGAUGCGUAUGAACGCCGAAAUGCAGAUUCACACAGAGUUAUUGGCACAUUACUUGGCACAUCAGACAAGGGUGUAGUGGAAGUGACGAACUGUUUCUGCGUACCCCACAAAGAACAUGCGGACCAAGUGGAGGCCGAGCUUAACUAUGCUAUGGAUGUAUAUGAACUGAAUCGAAGAGUAAAUGCUUCAGAAAACAUUGUUGGGUGGUGGGCGACGGGCAACGAGGUGACCAACCACUCUUCGGUGAUCCACGAGUACUACGCGCGCGAGUGCCGCGAGCCAGUGCACGUGACGCUGGACACGUCGCUGGCCGGCGGCCGCAUGGGGCUGCGUGCCUACGUGUGCGUGGCGCUCGGCGUGCCGCGCGGCAAGCCAGGCUGCAUGUUCACGCCCAUUCAAGUCACCCUCACCAGCUACGAGCCCGAGAUAGUAGGACUACAGUUAUGUCAGAAAACCAGGCCCGGAGGCCGAUCGCGGCAGGUUCAACCAAUGCUGGAUCUCGCUCAGGUAGCUGAAGCUGCAUCAAAACUGUCAUCAUUGCUUGAUCAGGUGCUGCAGUACGUGGAGGACGUGCUGGCGGAGCGCGUGGCGCCCAACAACGAGGCGGGCCGCCAGCUGCUGCAGCUCGUGCACUCCGUGCCCAACCUCGCCGCCGACACCUUCGCAGACGCCUUCGCCUCCAGCGUCAAGGACCUGCUCAUGGUGGUGACCCUUGCCCAGUUGAUCAAAACACAGUUGCAGUUGAAUGAGAAACUGACGCUGCUCACGUCGCAGUAACGGCCACUGUCUCCUAACCGUGAUAACAAAUAAUCAUUCGGUCCCGAGGUCCCGAGGUCCCGAGUGACACUCGUGAUAACACCAGAACAUCAUCGGUAUUGGCUCUACAUUUUAAUCACGUGAUUCAGUUGAGCGACCUGAACUUUUUCUGUAUUAAAUAUUAUAAUUUUUAAUAAACUGUUCAGAAAUGA